CACAGAGACCAUAUUCAAGAGGUACGUUACUCUGGAGCUGCUAAGCCAUGGGUUCUACCAGCCCAAGAGGUGGUGAUGAUGAUGAUAGUCAUGGGUUCUUUACAUCCCAUAAGCCCCAUUUCUUCAAGAUAAUCCUUGACAAAACCAUUCGAGAAGGAAAGCUUGAGAUACCAAGAAAGUUUGUGAGAAAAUAUGGCAACAGCCUACCAAACUCAGUGCUCCUUAGUGUCCCAAGUGGUGCAGAUUGGCAUGUAGAAUUGUCUAAACAUGAUGGCCAUGUUUGUUUUGAAAAUGGAUGGCGUGAAUUCGCGGAUUAUUAUUCUCUGGAGUACGGCCACUUGUUGGUAUGUGAAUACAAUGGAAAUAGCAAAUUCAAUGUACUUGUAUUCGACAAGAGUGCCACCGAGAUCUACUACUGUAAGGAGCCUAAACAUAAACAUGUGGGGGAACCAUCCAGAGAGCCCAAAAUGGGAAGAAAUGAAGAUGACGUCUCUGUUGAAAUGUCGGAUAACUUCACCAUAAACCAUAGAUUGAGAGCAAGAUCACCAGUUCCAUGUCCUCGUUCGAAGAAGAGGACAACCGCGCAACAAUUUGGAUUAGAUGGUGGAGAAACUUCUACUGGUCUGAAAAGUAAAGACACGGGAGCUGAUGAGGGAAAAUGGGUACCGAGAUCUCAGAAAAUUACCAAAGCUGUCCAGAGAGCUAAUGGUUUCAAAUCUGAAAAUCCUUAUUUCAAGGUCUUCAUUCAACCAGGUUAUGCUCAUGGUAAAAGUGGAUUGCAUGUACCAAAGAUGUUUGUAAGCAAGUAUAUGAAGCAGCAGUCGAUGGACACGAUGCUUAUAGUUGAAGAUAAAUCAUGGCCUGUUAGGCUUGCAUUCUACAAAUCAAACACAGGCAAGAUUGUGCGGGGAAGUGGAGCAUUCAUCAGGGAUAAUGCUUUGCAAGUAGGGGAUGUUUGUGUCUUCGAGCUUAUUGACACCGAAGUUUCUGCACUGAAGGUUUCAAUUUUCCGACACUCUGGCUGUUGAAUUGAUGUUGUCAUUAGAAGCACCAGGGCCUUUAUGGUAGUUAGGUCAGUAUUUGAAGAUAUUUUUGAAAAGCUUCAUAAUCCUUCAAUCCUUAAUGGAUUAGUAUGUCAAUUUGGUUGGUUUUGAUGGAGGAUGCUUGUGUUUGAUUAAGCAGACUAACUCUUAUCUUUGUGGAAGCUUGUGUUUUUGAAAGUACUUGUUCAUUUGUCUUAGUAACAGAUGAAGAAG